AGACUUCAGUUACCAACCCGAGCAACGUAAUCGGACAACGAGCGCCCAAGAGAGCGUGCUAAGUCAGGGGCGCACUGCGGAAAGGCGAUAUAAGCAAAGCGGGAGGGGGGGGGGGGAGAGAACAAGAAAACACAAUGCGCCGGCCCCGCAUCCUCUUCCUGGACGCCCACGACUCCUUCUCCAACAACAUCACUUCCCUCCUGACCACCCUCCUGGAAGCCGACGUGUCUGUCCUCGCCAUCGACGAUCCCCUCCUCCUUGACGACCAUGACACAGUUGCCUCCUCUUCCUCUUCUUCUUCUCCUGCCCCGCCAUCUCGAGAAGAGAGAUUCGUCGCCGAGCUAAGGCGGUACGACGCGCUCGUGUGCGGCCCGGGGCCCGGCCACCCGGACAACGGCGCCGAUGUCGGGCUCAUGGGGUGCGUGUGGCGGCUCGCAGAGAGCGAGAUGCUGCCCGUUCUCGGCGUGUGUCUCGGGUUCCAGAGCUUGGUGAGCGCGCACGGCGGGCGGGUGGGCAGGCUGCGCAGGGGUUUGCAUGGUAUGGUCAGGGAGAUUGUUCAUCGCGGAGAUCAUCAGGAUGGGCGCGCGAUUGGGGAUAUCUUCCGCGGGGUUGGGCGGUUCAGGGCGACGCUUUAUCACAGUUUGUGCGGGGAUAUUGGGCAGAAUGGUGGUGGUGGUGGUGGUGUUGUUGGCCAGGAGGAGUGGGAGGCGGCGAGGUGGAGGGCAUUCGAUGGGUGUCCGGAUCUGCUGCCGCUUGCUUGGGCGGAGGAGGAGAGAGAGGACGGGAGGAAGGAGAGGAUCCUCAUGGCGGUCAAGCACAGGACGAAGCCGUUCUGGGGCGUUCAGUACCAUCCGGAAUCCGUGUGCACCGAGGAGGAGGGGAACAAGGUCGUUUUGAACUGGUUCCGCGAGGCACAGAGGUGGAAUGAGUCGAGGGAGAGGACAGCUGUGACCGAUGGGCACGGAUGGGCAAGAGCGGCCACGAAAGCGAGCUUGCUCUCCCAGCAGCGUGUUGGAAGCGGGCAUGACGGCGGUACGGAAUGGUUGUGGGAGUAUGCCGACGCUCUGAACCCUGUGCUGCGGUCUCAGACGGUGCCGCUGCGGCCUGGAUUGGAGGUUCCAGACAUCGUUGAGGCGAUCGGUCUUAACUGCUCCGAGCAGAUCAUCCUCGACUCGUCCAAUGCGGCAUCGGAGACCUCCAGGGCUGAUGUCCGUGGGCGGUAUAGCAUCAUUGCGGUCUGCCUGGACGAGGCCACGCGUAUCGAGUACCACGUUGGCGAUGCCUACGCCACCAUCUCGGUUCGGGCUGUCGGAGGCUCGGCCGUAGUCCCAGAGCAGGUGUCGCUUGCACGGUACGGCAGCAUCUGGGGUCUGCUUGCCCAUUUCCACGAAGCAAGGCGUAUGCCCGUUGCGGAAUCAUCGUCCACUCCAUUCAUCGGCGGCUUCAUGGGUUACAUCACCUACGAACAAGGCCUGAGCGACAUUGGCGUUCCCAUAGAGCAGCCGCGUGCGCACCGCCGGCCCGAUGUCUUUCUGGCUUGGGUGCACAAGAGCAUUGUCGUGGACCAUGAGCUGGGACUGAUCCACGUCCAACACCUCAGCGCGAGGCGCGGGGAUAAACGAGAAAACUGGGUGGGAAAGACAGCGGACAAGCUCCGGAGUCUGCACCGCCCUCGACGCCGGCCAUCCUCCAACUCCCCGGAAAAGACGCGGCGUCCCUCAAUGAGCGCAUCGGUGCAGCCGCCCCAAACGAAAGAAUACGAAGCCAAGGUCAAAACCUGCCAAGAGUACAUUGCCGCCGGCGAGUCCUACGAGCUCUGCUUGACCGAUCAGACCACCCUCACGCGGCCGCUGGGCGAGGAAGCACCCCACCUGAAUCCUGUCUCCGUCCCUCACCCACGCAAAACACAACACCAGCAGCAGCAGCAGCAACAACAACGAGAACAGCUACGCCGCGCCUCACCGUCCUGGACGCUCUUCAAGCGCCUCCGCAAACACCAGCCUGCGCCAUUCGCCUCCUACCUCCGCAUCGGUUCGGCGACGCUGGUCAGCGCCUCGCCCGAGCGCUUCCUCACCUACGACCACGCCGGGCUCUGCUCGAUGCGGCCGAUGAAGGGGACAGUGCGCAAGUCGGAGGCGGUCCCGACGCUGGCCGAGGCCGAGCGCAUCCUGCACGUGCCCAAAGAGGAGGCUGAGAACCUCAUGAUCGUCGAUCUGGUGCGGCACGACCUGCACGGCGUGUGCGGUGCGGGCAACGUCACCGUCCCCAAGCUGUUGGCCGUCGAGGAGUACCAGAGCGUGUUCCAGAUGAUUACCGUCGUGGAGGGGCAGUUGCCCUCGUCACCACCCCGGGGCGGGAAUGAAAAGGGGAAGUACACGGGGCUGGACGUGCUGGCUGCGAGCCUGCCGCCGGGUAGCAUGACGGGCGCGCCGAAGAAGAGGAGCUGCGAGAUCCUGCGGGAGAUCGAGGGCCACAAGGAGCGGGGCCUGUACUCGGGCGUGGUCGGCUACAUGUGCGCGACGGGGCGGGGCGACUGGAGCGUCACGAUCCGGAGUCUAUUCCGGUAUGAUGAUGAGCAGGUUGUGGUGAAUGGGGAGGACGGGCGACCCAAGAAGCAUGAGGUGUGGCGCAUUGGGGCCGGAGGGGCCGUUACCAUCUUGAGUACCCCUGAGGGCGAGAGGGAGGAGAUGUUUACGAAGCUUGCCGGGCCGCUGCGCGUGUUUGGUGAGGAGGCGUGUCGGUGAUAAAGAGUUGCUCUAAGGGGAACUUAAGAGUUAGAGUGGGACCUCUCAUCAGGAUCUGGAAAUUGCAUAGAGAGGAUGGAAACGGGAUACUCAACGUAUCUUCUUGGUGCGUUACAGUAAUAUUGGGAAUGAGGGCGUUUUGUCACUCAUAGACAGGUUUGGGCUCAACGCCGGCAUUGGAAAUACAAGGCUUUAACGCGUUGUAAUGUGGAUGGUUUGGGAAGAAUAGAUAAGCUCGAAAAGAGGACCAGGUGCAAUAUGACGCUCAGCCUUUACACCUCCCUGGCCUCCUGGUCCCAUUGAGGAAUAGUGUCUGCAAAGAGGCUGUCCUAA